AUGCCUGUUGCCAAAACCAAUCUGUCCGAAGAUGUAAUAGACGAUGUGAUAGCAGAUGCGAGAUACGGGGACCUUGAAAAUUUGCGGGUAACCAUAAAUUCCCUUUCUGUCGAAUAUCUCUUGGCCAAAGAUGAGUUUGGGAACACGGCUUUGCACAUGGCGAGUGCGAACGGACAUGCGGACGUUGUCGAAUAUAUCAUAAGAACGGUGGGAUCUUUGGAGGAGAAUGUUAUCGUAAUCAACGCGCAGAAUGAAUCAGGAAACACUCCUCUGCACUGGGGUGCGUUGAAUGGUCACGAAAAGGUGGUUGAAUUAUUGGUGACGAAUGGGGCAGACGCGAAGAUCAAGAAUCGAGCGGGAAGAACUGCAAUGUAUGAAGCUCAGCAGAAUAAUCAUGAUAAGAUAGUAGAAUUUCUUUUAUCCACUAUGGAUACUGAGAAGGUUAAUGAGAACGAAGAAUCGGAACACAUUUCGCCGGCAAAUACCGGAAAAUGCUUCACUUGCCUAAUCCGACGAUCUGUGCUAAAAAGAGAAACUGGAAAUAUAUCAAUGUGUAGUACGGUGCGACAAUGUGACACACCAGUACUCCGGACCUCACCUCGUCGAAUCCCCCGUAGACGAGAUUCUUCGAGACAAGCUGCCCUCACUUUUCUUUCUAACAUCAGUCUUGGAACUGAAAAUUCUUUUCCAUCCAGUGCUCAACGGGAAACGGCUGCUUCCAGCCACUCUAUUCCCAGCCCUUAUAUUGGUGAUCCAAAGCUACCACCUAUUACUGUUACCGAGAAUGAUUCUUUUGAUGAAAAUGGUAGACCAAAUCUGCAAAGGGCAACGUCCUUACCUUUUGAAAGACACCCUUGUAAGGCAACGUCCAAUAACAGCUUACCUAACCCCGAAGCUUCCUCCAUAGUUGGAAAGGAGCACACUCAGGAUUUUAGCUUGUCUGGAAAGACUCGUUCAAGAAGCAACAGUCUCCUCUUCUUAACAAACACCAGCCUUGAUUCCAAGAAAUUGAAGUCGAAUCAUCCUUCAAGGGAAAACCUGAGCAGUCCCUGCAAGGAAAAUUUUGCAGAACCGGGAGCUCGCGAAGGCUCGGACGUGGAAAAUCGAGAAAAUCAAAAUUUAAAGGUUGUCGAUUCUCCAAGCGACGGUUACAGCAAGCGACGAAGACGAAGGAGUUCAGCGUCCACAUUAAAAUCAGAAUCAAGCUCAUCUUCUGCCAAUUCUAUAACUUCUCCUACUUCGUUCGACAAUGCAUCUCUAUUUCGUCGUCAAAGUCAUUCACCACCAAAGACGAGUGACACCAUCAUUGCUAAUAAUAACAACGUAAAUAACCAGAGCGUUGGUCGUAAGAACUCCAAUAACUUGUUCUCAAGUUCUUCGGUGAGUUCAGAAUUCGAUGUUCCAACUUACGCCUUGAUCAGGAUGGCAUUUGCUAACAUCCUUGAUUUUCAUUGCAAAAAGGCACCCCAGGUUAUUCUUUCGAUGUUUGGAUAUAACGACAAGAAAUCAAAACAGGAAAAACGUCGCGGUCACUCGAAAGGAGAAACAGAUGCAGAUUCCACCAGGAGACGAAAGGCAGAGUCAUUUGCUUAUCUUUUGGAGCCUAGCAAUUCAUUGGGACCCGAGCUGGGACUCACGGAAUAUGACCCUAGAUCAUUGGAUAAUCCUGAAUUAUCGCCUAACAAUUCGCAAGAUCAAAAAUCAAAUAAGCAUCGAGCAGUUCUAAGUUUUUCCGGUCUUGUGGGUUCCCUGAUAAAUCAUAACACCAGACCAUCUGAUCUGAAACGUGAAUCAAAUGAACUUUUUCGUAGAACUCACCCAAACGUUGAUCCGAGUCUGACCCUGAGCCAAAUCCGUAAAGUGAAAGCAAAGUUAUUGGCCACGUCUAGACAUGAUGAGUUGGACUUGGAGAUCUCGACGAUCGCAAAAGCUUAUGCCUACUUUGAAAAAUUGAUAUUUAAGAAAUUUGUGAACAAAUCCAACCGGAGGUUGAUCGGAGCAAUCUGUUUACUACUGGCCAGUAAAGUGAACGAACCGAUGGGAAUGUCCUAUUCGCCCUUGUUGGAGUCGUUACACAAGCAUUUGGAUGUGACGCCUAAAGAAGUUACGGAACAGGAAUUUUCGGUUUUUGCAUCACUGGAUUUUGAGCUAUAUCUACCAACCUCGGAAUUUAUGCCCCACCUUGAACGAAUUUUUGUUAUCUCUGGAGAUAACAAGCAAGAAUAUCUAGGCGCAAAUCCUUUCUAUGAGUUUAAACAGGAUUGA